CUCUGUCUCCAAACUUCGUCCUUCAGCAACAACAUUUCUUUACUUGAGCUUCAGCUGGUCUGAAGCUUGUAGUGAAGGCUUGCGGCAACGUCUGUCUAGUUCCUGCUGGCAAACAUUGUCUUGGAGAUCUUGCUCUUCAUAACCAUCUUCAUAACCUUCCUCUGCCACAUCUUCCUCUUCAAAAUCUUCUGCAACUUCUUCCAGCUGGCCUGGACACGUUACAGACGCCACCAUCCCGCAGAUCUCUGUCUUGCAAACACAACUUCACCAUUCUUCUUGACCGAACCCCUUGGAACUCUGCAUUGAGAUACCUUCUCGAUUCUGCAUUCAACUCCUUCUGCAAACUCUGUCCAACACUUCAACACCUCAGAAUACUCACUCUUCAACUCGUCAAGAUGCCUGCGAAACGUGACAACACUCUCUUCCGUCCUCCCGCGGAAACUCAUGGCUUGUUUUCAGAAGAAGAGUCUAGCGGUCAAGAAGACACUCAGACUUCAUAUCCUGCUACUGCUCGCGCGGAAUCACUGGAUCCGACUGCCACUGGUAAAUCAACUGGAGGAAACCAGAAUCCUGCGGCUUCAACUGCUGCCGAAGAAGAGGAGCACGAUGACUUCUUUUCUGAAUACGUCCACAAAAAACCGCCGAAGGAGGCACAGACCUCAUCAGCAUCGCAAAAGCCACAGAAGAAAGCUGCUUCGUCAGUUCCGCCUCGCAGAUCGGCACGUCAGCAAACUCCUGUCCAGUCUCAACCGACCUCAUCCACCGGCUUGCGUCGUUCUACUCGUGCUACUAGCCAGCCAGCGAGUGAACCUUCUUCCGUUCCUGUCCCUUCAUACUCCGAACUCCAUGCUCCACAGACUGUCAGCAAGAAACGCAAGGCAGCAGCAGCACCAAAGACCACCAGCAAGAGCGCCCCGAAAGCGAAGAAACCUCGUGUUCAGCCGAAAAAAGGACGCAGGGCUGUCACACCAGCAGUCUCAGAGAAAGACGCAGAGGAUUUCGAUGAUGAUCUUGCGGACGAUACCGAACAAGUUCAUCCAACUACCGGAGGAAAAUCAGUAGCUCCGCAGGCACCUGUGAAGCGUGCUCCGCUCAGAAGAGGUCGCUCAGCCACUCCUGCCAUCUCAGAAAGCGCUCUAGACGACGAUUCCGAUGACCAUUCCGAUGAGACUCUGAUCAACCGUGCAACCACAGGCGGCAAAGGACUUCCCAUUGAAACAUUAGCAACCAUCCGCGAAGUUGAUAGCGAUCAUUCCGACGUCCACUCCAACAUCCACUCCAGCACGACCAGCCACUCUGACAACGCCGUCAUCGACACCGUCGAAUCCCUCGCGAGCCACACUGAACCACAGCCGAAGCUUGAUGCAAAGACCGGAACUGAAGACACGUACUGGGUGUACGUUGUCGUCCAGGUUGACGGCCGUGCCCAGGGAAUUCCGGGCCGGACCAUCCUCGGAACAUACGUCGACAAGAAACGGGCAACCGCCCACAUGCUCAACCGGAUCCAACGCCUCCAGAAAGAGACUGGAGGUGACCAGUUCGAGCUGAGAAGCUCCUUCGGCCCAGAGGGCAUCUACCAGCAAGUGGUCGACUCGCAGGGAUACGGGGCAGUGGCGGUCUUCAUUGAAAAGGAGCUGCGCGAAGGGGUCGCGCCCCAAGACCGCGUUCAACCCACCCCCAACUGGCUCCCCCGAUUCGUGUACUUGACCAUCGUGGAGACGAGAAACCUCGAAUCCGCGGUGGUCAAGACCCACGUCCAUGAGCAGGUCUACACGACCCUCGGGCAGGCAAACCGCCAUGCCAUGGACGUGUGGCGUCUCGGCCAAAUGACAACGGAGGAGAUUCAGACCAGGAAUCUCCGGGCCGGGACCAUGAUCGGCGGGGACCACGAGGGGUGGGUGAUGAAGCGGCUCGACGAGCUGGAGGUGGAGGAGAGGCCCUUUGCGGAGAAGUGGCAGCUGCCACUUGGGGAGGGCCCGAAGACGGAGGAGAUCAGUAUCCGGGUGCACAAGCACGAAGUUGCCGGGCCCCGGAACUGA